CCUGUGUUACCGCCCUUGGGGUGAGGAAGAAAGCGAGCAGCAGUGAAACCUUCGUAUUCAUUGGAGCAGUACAGUAAGUGACUAGCUACUGUAAUUUGAUAGCUUGCGCCUUCUGGAGUGAACUGAAGACGUUUGGAUUGAAUUUGCCCAGUCGCUGUAGUUUCAGUCCACAAGGAUUAACAGGCUGACUACCUGUAACGCGAGGGCAGCAAGAAGCAAAGCAGGUUACCUGCCCCUAGGCGUGACACUUGGACCCAGAGGAACACAGACAGACACCCCGGUCUGCAGUUGGUGUAGCAGAGAGAGAACAUGGCGUUGUCGUUUAAGAAAGACCUGGAGAAGUACAAGGAGAUUGACGAGGAUGAGCUCCUUAACAACCUAUCAGAACAGGAACUCAAACAGCUGGAGACUGCUCUGGAGGAGAUGGACCCAGAGAAUGCAUUGCUGCCAGCGUCGAUGCGUCAGAAGGACCACACAGUGAAAGCAGCCACCGGCCCCUACAGCAGAGAGAAACUGCUCAGUUUUCUGGAGAAGGAGGCCCUGGAGUAUAAAGACAGAGAUGAUGUCGUGUCUUUCUCUGGAGAGAGGAAAGGCAAGGCAUUUGUUCCCAAGCAGCGGCCCAUCGAGUCUCGUCAGGAAGAGGUAACGACCCUUGACCCGGAACUAGAAGAGGCCCUGUCCAGCGCUACCGACACUGAGCUCUGUGACCUGGCAGCGAUCCUAGGUGUCCAUACCCUGGUGACCAGCACCCAGAGUUACGAUGGAACCAGCAGUAAAGACGGAGGAUACAACAACGUGGUGAAGGGGGAGAAGAUGAACCCAGUGUUUGAUGAGCCUCCUAACCCCACUAACGUAGACGACACUCUGCAGAGGAUAAAAAACAACGACGCUGCGCUCACGGAGGUUAACCUCAACAACAUCAAGAACAUUCCUAUUCCCACGCUGAAGGAGUUUGCCAAGGCCAUGGAGAGGAACACACACGUCAAGAAGUUCAGCCUCGCCGCCACACGGAGCAACGACCCCAUCGCUGUGGCGAUGAGUGAGAUGCUGAAGGAGAACAAGUCGUUGCGGAGUCUCAACCUCGAGUCUAACUUCAUCACCAGCGCUGGUGCUGCCGCCCUGGUGGACGCUCUCCGAGACAACGACACACUGACUGAGAUCAAGAUAGACAACCAGAGGCAGCAGCUGGGGACUUCAGUAGAGAUGGAGAUGGCUAAGAUGCUGGAGGACAACAACAGCAUAGUGAAGUUUGGCUAUCACUUCUGUCAGCAAGGCCCACGGGCUAGAGCUGCUGCUGCUAUCACCAAGAACAAUGACCUGAUCCGCAAGAGGCGAGUGGAGGGGGACCAGUAAGGGGCGGAGCCUGUCAUGUCUCCCAGCCUGUCCCGUCGUCUCAUCUCGCCGUAUGGAAUACAUUUUCAGCCAAUCCCCUGAUCUCAUCUCACCGUGGCGUGCGUGUGGACGUUAAGUCUUGUGCCAAAACCCGGAGCAAGGCGCCCUCAACCAGACAGGGACUGAGUCCCAAAUGGCACCCUUGUUCCCUACGUAGUGUACUACUUUUGAUCAGAGCCCUAGGGGCUGUGAUCGUGCACUAUAGAGAAUAGGGUUCCAUUUGAGACCCAGCUAACAUCAUCUAUCUGAGAAGAAGAGAAAUAACUGGAAUAGCCCUCUCCUCUAGUACUUACAUAUCUAUACACACAUGUUGUUGUUAUUAUUAUUAUUAUUAUUAUUAUUAUUAUUAUUAUUGUUUAUUAUACUAUUGUUAGAACUACAGCUGGACAUCUUAUUGUUUAGUUUUUUUCAGUUAAUUUCAGGCGCUUUCUUUUUUCUUUUCUCUGAAUGAUUUAUUUUCUGUUUUUUUUCCUGUGUUUAGAGCAACAUGAACUGUAUUGUAAUCUAACCAAGUAACCAUGGGCUUAAACAUACUACCCUAACCUCUGACCCCUAACCCCUACAGUGGUAUAGGGCCCUGACCUCUAACCCCUACAGUGGUAUAGGGCCCUGACCUCCAACCCCUACAGUGGUACGGGGCAGGCCUCCCUAGCUAGACUGCUGUAUCUCUUGGUUCUGAAAGCUCUUGGUUCUGUGCUUCCUAGACAGGGGGAAGAGAGUCAGGACCCACUAGUCACCUCUAACAGACUGGUUCAUCUGGUAGGGCUGUCUUUAUUUAUAGAUGUCUUAAUACUGUCGUAAAGAAUUUAAAGUCUUAAAGAAUUAAAAAAGUCUUACAAUUGAUAAUACGGUGGUUCUCUUUCAAUCUCAACAGUUUUUUUUUUUAGCGAUUCAGACUUACUCAGAUUUAAUGGGUUAAUUUUAUGUCCCUCUUUAUGUCACUGGGAAACAUAUGUGGAUCUUAUUUAACCAAGUAAAUAUGAGGUUUUUAAUCCAUGAUGAUGAAGCAUUGACUUGAUCUUCUGCUGUCCUGUUAUUGGUCUGGCGUGAACGUCAGCUCAACCAAUGGGCUUCUCCGAUACUGAACCAUGCCAAAGAAUAAUACAUACUGGACUUGUGAGGAGAUACAACUCCAUGUCACUAUAUUCUCUUUAGAUUACACACAUCCUGUCAGAGUAGGUUCGAUUAGACAGAAAACAACUGGGCUCAUUACACUUUUUAAAUUUGAUGUGCACUGUGUUCCUUCUCUCUGCUGGGCUGUUGUUGCUGACGGUGAUGGCCGUCAGUGGAGCAGUGUCUGUGUGAAGGAAUGCCAUGGCAAUGAGAGAGAGGCAGGAGAGAGCUACACACCACACACUGAGUGGUCUGGAACAGGCUCCUAGCCCUGGCAUGCUACUCACUAUGGAAGAAAACAUGCUGUGUUAAACUCAGCUGGAUUCUCCUGAGAACACUAGCCUGCUGUAAAACAGACAAAAUACAGCCUGAUGUUGACACUCACCAUUUAUAGAGAAUUACAAACUGGGUGGUUCAAGCCCUGAAUGCUGAUUGGCUGACAGCCGUGGUAUAUCAGACCGUAUACCACAGGUAUGACAAAACAUUUCAUUUUUACCGCUCUAAUUAAUUUGGUAACCAGUUUCUAAUAGCAAUAAGCCACCUUGGGGGUUUGUGAUAUAUGGCCAAUAUACCACGGCUAAGGGCUGUGUCCAGGCACUCCACGCUGCGUCGUGCAUAAGAACAACCCUUAGCCGUGGUAUAUUGGCCCUAUACCACACCCCCCCGGGCCUUAUUGCUUAAUUACAGGCUGGCCUCCUGGACUCACAUGAAUCCUACUGGACCAAAACUGCUGAAUCUGUGUCCAGGAAACUGGUCCUAUGUGGUGUUAAUGUGGUAAUCUGGAGUAGGAAGUCAUCAUGUUGAGAUCAUGUGGUUUGUCUGGACCAAUAGUAUGGUCAUGUUUCAUUUCCUAAUCAUAUCUGGUGAACCAGCCAGUCAGCCAGCCUUGUUUCUGUGGGUGGGAUAGAGCGAUGUGAUUGGUUGACUAAGGUUAUUUGGAGUGAUGCUGUCUGCUAUACUAUAAUGUCUGAAUCCUAAAUGGUUCCCUGUUCCUUAUAUGGUGUACUUCCUGUUGACCAGGGCCCAUAGGGUGUAACCCAGGCUAUAGUAACCUGGCUCUGCUCUGUCCAUACUCUCUGAUCUCAAUCAUGUAUAUUGUUAUAGUUGACCAUCUCAAAAUGUUUACCCUCACACACAUUCCACACCGUCACACACACACACACACACCUGUGUGUAUCAACUAAAUGUAAAGUCACUGAUGCGGAGAGAUUUAUUUUGUUGUAUGGUGAAGCUCCAUGUCUGGACUAAAGAGUAGAGGAAGUAGGAAGCUGGACUGUUAAUAUUAACCACCAAGCCUGGUAAAAAGGCCAUGUCAACUAUAAUACGUCCUCAACCAAUAAAUGUUUUUACAUA